AUCAGAGAACGCAAUCGCUGUCUAAAACUCAUAAGCCUUACGACCAAAAUUCCCCGAUUUUCUCUCCGCUAUACCUUUCCCCUUGAGAAAUCCAGUAAACCCCAUUACUGUACCAUGAUUCUACCUUCACUCUUCUCUUCCUACUUCUUCUUCUUCUAGGAUUCUUCUUCUGGAGUUGCUCAGCAAUGCCAGUGGCCUACACAUUUCCAGUUCUCCGUUCUUCUUCUCUGCUUUGCGGAGUCUCUAAUCGCGGCACCAGCAUCAUCGUAGAUCGCCCGGAGGUUCAGAUCUCAGGUUUUGUCGUCGUGCGUUCUGAAUUCGGAGAUUCCUGCGGUCUUAGCUGCUCUUUCCGGCGGUUUCAGCGGGAAGGACGGAGGUUGAAUGCUGCUGGUGGUGGUACACAUGUCGUCGAUAAUGCGCCGUCUCGUACUUCUUCACUCGCUGCCUCUAGCUCUACAAUCGAAAUCCCGGUUACGUGUUACCAGCUUAUCGGAGUUUCUGAUCAAGCUGAGAAAGACGAGGUUGUUAAGUCAGUGAUAAAUUUGAAAAAAGCGGACGCUGAAGAGGGUUAUACAAUGGAAGCUGCUAUAGCUCGCCAGGAUCUUCUCAUGGAUGUUAGAGAUAAACUUCUCUUUGAACCAGAAUAUGCUGGUAACAUAAAAGAAAAAACUGCUCCUAAAUCUCCUCUCAGAAUCCCAUGGUCAUGGUUGCCUGGUGCUCUAUGCCUUCUUCAAGAGGUUGGACAAGACAAGCUCGUGCUGGAUAUUGGUCGUGCUGCUCUCAGACACCUUGAUUCGAAGUCAUAUAUUCAUGAUAUAUUUUUAUCAAUGGCACUAGCUGAGUGUGCAAUCGCCAAGGCUGCUUUCGAAGCUAAUAAGGUCUCUCAAGGAUUUGAAGCUCUUGCUCGUGCCCAAUGUUUUCUGAAGAGUAAAGUUACUCUUGCAAAACUUGCAUUGUUAACUCAGAUUGAAGAGUCAUUAGAGGAGCUUGCACCACCAUGCACAUUGGAUCUACUGGCCCUGCCUUGCUUGCCAGAAAAUGCAGAGAGGAGACGAGGUGCAAUUGCUGCGCUACGUGAGCUUCUCAGACAAGGCCUCGAUGUUGAAGCUUCGUGUCAAAUUCAAGACUGGCCAUGCUUUCUGAGCCAGGCAAUUAGCAGGCUAUUGGCCACAGAGAUUGUUGAUCUUCUUCCAUGGGAUAACUUGGCCAUUACACGGAAAAAUAAAAAAUCACUCGAAUCCCACAAUCAACGAGUGGUAAUUGAUUUUAAUUGUUUCUACAUGGUGGUGAUUGCUCAUAUCGCUGUUGGAUUUUCAAGCAAGCAAAAUGAUGUGAUUAAUAAAGCAAAAACUAUAUGCGAAUGUCUCAUAGCAUCAGACGGUGUUGAUCUAAAAUUUGAGGAAGCUUUUUGCUCAUUUCUUCUAAAACAGGGUUCCGAAGCAGAGGCCCUAGAAAAACUUAAGCAGCUGGAAUCAAAUUCAGACUCUGCCGUUCGUAAUUCGAUCCUGGGGAAAGAGUCGAGGAAUACUUCUGCUACUCCAUCACUGGAAGCAUGGCUAACGGAGUCUGUGCUUGCUAUCUUUCCGGACACAAGGGGUUGUUCUCCAUCUUUGACCAACUUUUUACGGGCUGAAAAGAAAUAUUCAGAGAACAAGAAAAUGGGGUCACCUCCAAUAAUUAAUCACAAGACGAACCAAAGACCACUUUCCACUAUGCAGUUCGCUAACUCGUCACAACAUCUCUGUACAGCUGUCGAGCAGUUGGCAGCAACAGAUUUGCAGAGCCCAGUGGCAUCAGCAAAGACUAUUGAUGAAAGCGGUUCCAGUAGGCCAUCGGUUCAACUGAAAAGGAACCUUGGUUUACAACAAAAUAAAAUAUGGAAUGGUUGGCUCUCUCAGAGCAGUUUGAUCAAAAGGGUAUCUGUUGUUGCUAUCUUGGGUUGCACCGUGUUCUUCUCUCUAAAGCUAACAGGCAUUAGGUCUGGUAGAUUACAGAGUCUGCCUACAUGGGUUUAUGCAAAACCGCGCUUGGAAUCAGAUUCUGGGAAUUUCAGAAGAAACCUUGCUUCUGUGAAUAGAAAUGGUGUCGUGGGCAACAUCAAAACACUAAUGGGCAUGUUUAAGAUACAUCCGGAUGCCUUGUAUCUAAAAAGCUCGGGUCAAUCAGCUACAUUGUCUCAUCCCACGUCAGAAGUGCACAAGAGACCAAUGCUUACAGAAGACGCGGAAGAGCUCGUGAGACAGUGGGAAAAUAUUAAGGCUGAAGCUCUUGGACCUACCCAUCAAGUUUAUAGCCUUCCUGAAGUCCUUGAUGAAUCCAUGCUUGUCCAGUGGCGAACGUUGGCACAAACAGCAAAAGCUAAAUCCUGUUAUUGGAGAUUCGUUUUGCUUCAUCUUGAGAUUUUGCAAGCACACAUAUUCCCAGAUGGAAUUGCUGGUGAGAUUGCAGAAAUAGAGGCCCUUCUAGAGGAAGCAGCAGAAUUAGUUGAUGAAUCUCAGCCCAAAAACGCAAAAUAUUACAGCACUUACAAAAUCCGCUAUACUCUGAAGAGGCAAGAUGAUGGAUCGUGGAAAUUCUGCCAAAGCGAUAUUCAAAUACAGAAAUGACGAUCUCUCCCUUAAAGAAGCACAUCAAUUCGCUAAAUGAUAGAUAUUUUCAUCUAACUAAAGUUGUAGCAUCAACUAUAGAACAUCGGAUCAUUUAGCUUUAGUUCUGGUUUUAGCUAACGGUGUAGGAAAGUCUUAAGAUUUUGUUUCUUUAAUUCCUUGUAAUUCGAAGGACUUGUCUCUGUAGAUUCUUUUGAUUUGAUAUGAUUUGUUUGUGGAUAGACACCCUUUUGAGUUUUCUAAUGUAAAGCGUUACCGCU